GUCAUCUGGCACGACAGCGGGCACCGAGUCAUCUGGCACGACAGCGGGCACCGAGUCAUCUGGCAUGACAGCGGGCACCGAGUCACCAAGCUCGACAGCGGGCACCGAGUCAUCGGGCAAGUCAGCGGGCACCGAGUCAUCAGGCACGUCAGCGGGCACCGAGUCAUCAGGCACGACAGCGGGCACCGAGUCAUCUGGUACAACAGUGAGCACCAGGUCAUCUGGCAGAACAGCGGGCACCGGGUCACCAAGCUUGACAGUGGGCACUGAGUCAUCUGGCACGACAGCGGGCACUGAGUCAUCUGGCACGACAGUGGGCACCAGGUCAUCUGGCAGAACAGCGGGCACUGAGUCACCAAGCUCGCAGCGGGCACCGAGUCAUCAGGCUGGACAGCAG